CCCUUUGGUACGCCUACAAACUCUGUGUCGAUGCUCAGUUGGUCAAGAAGAACAUAAUUCCUGCCCCAGCCUCCAGCGAGGCUUUUGGCGCUACAGAUUCUGCAACAGCAUCUUCCUCUGCUGCUUCUGAUGAUUCUGCUUCUUCUGCUGAUGGCAAGUAGGGUAAUCCUUUGUUUCAUAUCUAGCUUGAUUCACCUUGCUUGCUUGUCUUUCUGUAUAUAUUUGAUCUAGUUAAAAGCAACCUGUAGUCCAUAUUUUCUGUGUCCAAAAUGUCUCUAAUAAAAGCCUAUGAAUAUUCCCAAAAUGCUGAUUACUAUGGCUCUCUUCAAGACUAUUUGAAAUCAAGCGACUAUCAUAAAAAGGCGGCAAAUGAAUUUAAGAAUAUUCUAUUAAAUUUAAAUCAUCAAAAUAAGUUAGAUGAUACCCACAAAAACAAUACUGAUAAUGAUUCUAUAAUUAAAAUUAUCACUAUAUUAAUAAACGAACAUGAAAAAAAACAUUUGGAAUUAUUUAAACAUUAUCAGAUUAUAAAUAAAAACCUGAAUAAAAACGUUAAAAACGUUAAAAAUCUCAAAAGCUCAAAAAGUUCAAAAUAUUCAAAUGACUCAAAUGAUUCAAAUAAUCCAAAUAAUUCAAAUGAUCCAGAUGGCCCAAAAGACUCGAAAGAUUUAAAUAGUAAUAAUAAUAAUAAUAAUAAUAAUAAUAAUAAUAAUAAUAAUAAUAAUAAUAAUAAUAAUAAUAUCGCUGAUCAAUCUUUAAUUAAUAAAAACAUACUAUUAUUGAAAAAUUUCAAUAAAAAUAUUCACUCGUUAAUAAAUAAAAAUUCAAUCAAUAUUCAAUCCGUUAAAAAUAUCCAAAAUAAUAACUCGAUUAACAAUUCUGAUGACAAUGAAUUCGAUUCUCCAAUUUUCAAUUCAAACCUAUUAAAUAAUAAAUCAAAAGAAGAAUUAAUAUUUGAAAAUAAAUCAUUGAAACUAAGUCUAAAUUAUUUAAAUAAUCAAUUUCAAAAACUAAAUUUAAAUGAUUUAAAAAACUUGGAUAAUGAUGAUUUAAUUAUAUUAAAUCAAAAAAAUUUGUCGGGCCAAUUUAACAUUUUAAUUAAUAAUCUAUUGUCAGAUUUAAAUAACAAUCAAUCUGUUGUAAAUUUAGAUAAUAAAAGUAACAGUAAUGAGAUUAAUCAUAAUGAAAAGGAUAAUAAUGAUAAUAAUGAUAAUAAUGAAAAUAAUGAAAAUAAUGAAAAUAAUAAUGAUCCAAAUAUCAACAAACUAAUCUCAAAAAUCAACUCAUUAAACUACCAAAUUAAAAUUUUAAAAAAUGAAAAUUUAGCACUCACUGUAAAUUUGAAAAACUGUAAAAACGAAUUGAAUCUUAUCAAGUUCAACAAUUCUAAUCUAUUAACUGAAAAUUUAAAACUAAAUAAAAGAUGGAACAAUUUGAUUAAAUCUGCAAAAAAAAAACGAAUCAGCAAUGAAUAAAUAUCAAUCCUCUAGUACACCCUAAAGAUACGCACAUAUUCAAACCAGAGCCCUAAUCGGGGUCCCGAAAACAUGCGUGUAUCUGCGGGGGUGUGCAUUAUUUGCUUUCAAAGUGGUCGCCGAACACCCUGCUUGUAGUUGUUGACGAAAAGCGCGCGUGUUCGAUUCCAGUCCAGAAACUGUUUUAAUUUUUGAUGCUCAUAUUUUCAGAUUUUGACUGAUAUUUGCAAGAGUGUUUAAUAAUUUAUUGGUUUGUUAGGCAAUAUAACUUAUAUUCUUCGACUUCCUAAAUAACAACCA